UUCCACGCCAUCCUUUUAUGACUUUUGAGUGAUUUUGUUGAUCAAGAUUCAGACACUAACCUGCAAUUCAAAGAAGAACCUGGACCUUCCAAUUUAUGAUCCUGUUCUAGUUAAUAUGACCAACUAUGCUCAAAUGUACAGGAAUAAUUUAAAGUGAUCUGAAUCUUAUGCUUUUUAUUACGUUUUUUUCACUGUUUAGAAUUGAAAAUUCUAUUUAUAACAGUACUAGUAGACCAAAGAAGACUUGCUUGACUUAGAUUACAAACUUCACUUCUUCAUUUGUUUCAUUCCAGGCUUUGUGGAUGCAUCAAAUUUAACUUUUUUUUGCUCUUGCAAUGGCUGUUAAUCUUCUUUUGAUCUUUUCCUUUCUUUUUCUGCAAAUAUUUUCGGCUGUUGCUCAAAAUAAUGGUAACAUAACCAUUGGAGCUUCUCUAUCAGCAGCUGAAAACUCAUCUUCAUGGCUUUCUCCGUCUGGAGAUUUUGCCUUCGGCUUUCGCCCUAUUGGCAACAACAACGAGCUCUUCUUGCUCUGUAUAUGGUAUGAUAAAAUACCUUCCAAAACCGUAGUUUGGUUUGCAAAUAGAGAUAAGCCUGCACCAAGAGGAUCCAGAGUAGAAUUAACUUCUGCUAGUGGGCUGGUUCUGCGAAGCCCUCAAGGCGAGGAAUUAUGGAAUUCUGAAUCCAUUAGUGGUACAGUUGCAAUUGCUGUUAUGAGUAAUACAGGCAACUUUGAGCUUUUUGACAGCAAUUCGGAUAAGGCAUGGGAGAGCUUCAGGAAUCCUGCAGAUACUAUGUUGCCUUCACAGACACUGGAAUCGGGGGAGCUGCUUUCUUCUAAACUGUCAGAGACUAAUUUCUCCAAGGGAAGGUUUCGAAUGCGCAUGAGACCAGAGGGAAAUCUUGUUCUUAAUACUAUAAACCUGCCCACUGACAAUACUAAUGAUCCUUAUUAUGACACUGGAACUACUACUGCUUCUAAUUCUUCUGGUGAAAGGGUGGUCUUCAAUGAGUCAGGCUACUUCUACUUAUUGCUUAGUAAUGAUCAAAGAUACUAUCUAACCAACAGAUCAAUCAACCCUUCAACUAAGAGCUUUUACUACAGAGCGACCAUAAAUUUUGAUGGAGUCUUUACUCUGUAUCAGCAUCCUAAGAAUUCAAAUAAUGAAGGCUGGACGGCUCUUUGGUCCAUACCGGAUAAUAUUUGCAAGGCGAGCUUUACUGGAGUUGGUAGCGGCACUUGUGGGUUUAACAGCAUUUGUAGACUGAACCCUGGAGACCAAAGGCCUAUCUGUGACUGCCCAAAAGGGUACUUUUUAUCUGAUCCAAACAAUGAGUAUGGUGACUGCAAACCCAACUACACGCAGAGCUGUGCAGGUGAUGAAGAGGGAUCUCCAGCAGAUUUAUAUGAUUUUGAAGAGGUCAUAAACACUGAUUGGCCAACAUCUGAUUAUGCACUUUUGCAGCCUUUUAUAGAAGAGCAGUGUAGAGAAUCUUGCUUGCAGGAUUGUAUGUGUGCUGUUGCUAUUUUUCGAUCCGGUGAUAUGUGUUGGAAGAAGAAGCUACCACUAUCAAAUGGCAGAUUUGAUAAUACUCUUAAUGGCAAGGCUCUUAUCAAAAUCAGGAAAGGUAAUCCUCCUUCCAGAGGCGCUCCGGAUUUGCCGAGACCAGAUAAGAAGAAUCAGACAUGGCAAUAUGAUAUGAAUCUAAUAUUAUCUAUGAUCUUUGCAACUGCACAAGACAAUGGAACUGUAAGUGUAGGCCAGUAUAUCACUGCAGCAGAUAAUUCACAGCCAUGGCUUUCUCCUUCCAGGGACUUUGCUUUUGGUUUUCACAAACUUGACAAUAAGGAUCUCUUCUUGCCUGCCAUUUGGUAUUACAAGAUUCCAAGCAAAACCAUAGUAUGGUAUGCUUCAGCUGAUAAUCCUGCACCGAGAGGAUCAAGAUUAUGGUUAACUGCUGACCGCGGAUUGGUGCUUGAUGGCCCUGAUGGCCAACAGAUAUGGAAAUCUGGUACUAUUAUGAGUGCACCUGCGUUUGGUUUUAUUUAUGAUACGGGCAACUUUGUGGUGGCAGAUGCAAAUUCUGAGAUGUUAUGGCAGAGUUUUGAUGUUCCUGCUGAUACUUUGCUCCCUUCACAGAUAAUGGAAAGGGGUGGAGUGGUUUCUUCCAAACGAUCGGAGACUGAUUUCUCUCGUGGAAGGUUCCAAUUUCGUUUGCUCCAGGAUGGAAAUGCUGUGCUGAGUACUAUAAACUUGCCUAGUGGCUACGCAUAUGAUGCCUAUUUUUGGAGCAAUACAUUUGAUCAAAAAAGGUCAAAUGCUGGUUUCCAAGUGGUGUUUAAUGAAUCAGGCUACUUGUAUGUUGUAAGGGAAAACAAUCAAAGUGUUCUUCUCUCACACGGAACGAUGGUCUCAUCUCACGUAAAUUAUCACAGAGCAACUCUCAAUUUUGAUGGUUCUUUUGUGCUUUAUACUCACCCCAAGAAUACCAAUGGAAAUAAUGGUAUCUGGUCAGUUGUUCGCACUAUGCCGGAUAAUAUCUGUGUUAACGACGAUAUUCGUAAAGGAUUAGGCAGUGGAAUUUGUGGGCAUAACAGCAUCUGCACUCUCAAUUCAUUGCAAAGACCAAACUGCUCAUGCCCGAAAGGGUUUUCUUUGUUUGAUCCAGAUGAUGCUUACGGAAACUGCAAGCCGGAUUUCAUCCAAGGCUGUGAAGAAGAUGGGGCCAAAUCUGGAGAAGAUCUAUACUAUAUUGAAGAGCUGAAAAGUACUGAUUGGCCAACUUCUGACUACGAGCAACUUAAGCCUUCUAGUAGAGAGGAGUGUGAAUCGUCUUGCUUAAAGGAUUGCCUGUGUUCUGCAUCUGUGUUUAGACUUGAUACCUGUUGGAAGAAGAAAUUACCACUCUCUUAUGGGAAAAUGGACCCUGCUGAUAAUGGGACAGCUUUCAUCAAAAUUAGGAAAGGCGAAGCGAAUGGAAAGAAGAAGAGGGAUAUAUUCAUCGUGGUGGUAUCUGUACUCUUUGGCAGCUCUGUGUUUGUCAACUUGAUUUUAGUUGCUGCUAGUUGCCUUGGCCUUCUAGUUGUUAAUCAGAGAAAACUCACGAGGCCUCAUCCGGAAAAAGGUGUUUCGCAUAUGAAUUUGCGCUGCUUUACCUAUAAUGAGCUUGUAGAGGCCACUCAUGGAUUCAAGGAAGAAUUGGGAAGGGGGGCCUUUGGUACUGUUUACAAAGGGUUCAUGGAUAUUGCUCCUAAUAAUCUUGUUGCAGUGAAGAAGUUAGAUAGAGUAUUUCAAGAUUGUGAGAAGGAAUUCAAAGCUGAAGUGAAUGUAAUUGGCCAGACACAUCACAAGAAUCUGGUUCGACUUCUUGGAUUCUGUGACGAGGGACAAAACCGUUUAAUAGUAUACGAAUUCAUGAGUAAUGGUACCUUGGCCAGCUUCCUCUUCGGAGACUGUAAACCGAAUUGGAAACAGAGGACCGAUAUUGCCAUGGGCAUUGCCAGAGGGCUAUUGUAUCUUCAUGAGGAGUGCUGCACCCAGAUCAUCCAUUGCGAUAUAAAGCCUCAAAACAUACUUCUUGAUGAUUAUUACAAUGCUCGGAUAUCUGACUUUGGAUUGGCAAAGCUUUUGACAUUGAAUCAGAGCCAUACUAGUACUGCCAUCAGAGGAACAAAAGGGUAUGUUGCACCAGAAUGGUUCAGGAACACGCCAGUCACUGUAAAAGUUGAUGUGUACAGUUUCGGAGUGCUGCUUCUGGAGAUCAUUUGCCUUCGAAGAUGUGUCGAGAAGGAAGCGAGCACAGUUGAUAAAGCAAUUCUAACUGAUUGGGCUUAUGACUGUUAUCAGGAAAGACGAUUGAGUACUCUAGUUGAAGAUGAUCCGGAUGCCAUCAGUGACAUGAAUAAGCUGCAGAGGUUUGUGAUGGUUGCAAUUUGGUGCAUCCAAGAAGAUCUGUCUCUUCGCCCCACGAUGAGGAAGGUUAUACAGAUGCUUGAUGGAGUUCUUGAAGUACCUUUUCCGCCAUGUCCAUGGCCAUUCAACAUUACAAGCUGAAAUUAGCUUUUUAUUGCUUUUCUGAAGCACUUUCAAUCAGGUGAUAAUCUGCUGGAAAU